CGGUGCCGGGCCGGGUGCCGCCGGUGUUGGCCCGGGAGGCGGAGGCGGAGCCGGAGGGAGGUCCCGGUGUCGGUGCCGGGCCCGGGCCGAGGGGGCCAUGGUGGUGCUGCGGGGCGGCGCGGGCCCGGAGGAGCCGUUCCCGAGGAUCGAGGACUGCCUGCCCCCGCUGGAGGACUCCCCGUCCAAGCGGUUCUCCCCGUCCAAGAGGAAACAGUAUUAUAUCAACAAGGCCAUCCGCAACUCUGACCUCAUCCCGAGGGCCAAGGGCCGCAAGAGCCUCCAGAGGCUGGAGAACACUCGCUACCUGAUGACACUUCUGGAGCGGGAUGACUGCGGGAGCGACGAGGGAGAGCUUGACCACUCCGCCACCCCCAGCAUCUUCACCGAGGCCUGUAACAACGAGACCUACGUGGAGAUCUGGAACGACUUCAUGAACCGGUCGGGAGAAGAGCAGGAGCGGGUCCUGCUCUACCUGGAGGAGGAGGCCAGGAAGAAGCACAGGAGGAAGCUGCCUGUCAAGAAUGAAGACAAGUGGAAAGAGCUCCCAGCCUACACGCCCCAGGAGUGUUUCCAGCGCAUCAGCCGCCGCCUGCGCGCCACCCUGAAGCGGGGCCGGAUCCCCAUGGGGACGCUGGAAGGGCUGGAGGAGGAGCUGCUGGCCUUCUUCUCUGUCACUCCCCACUCCGUCUACACAGCGCUGAUGGACAACAGCUUCGAGCGGCUCCUGCUCCACGCGCUCUGCCAGUACAUGGAUCUCGUCUCUGCCAGUUCGGACAUCGAAGGGAAACGUCAGAUGAAAGUGAGCAACAAACACCGUGUGUUCCUGCCCCCCGAGCUGCUGCUCUCAGACUACCUGGGGCAGCUGAGCUGAUGCCCCGAGGGCCGCCCUGCCCCUCCUUCGUCCUCUCCGGCCUCCCCCAGCCCCGUGGACCCUCGACCCUUCCCUGCUCCAGGAGGGACAGAGCCGGGGGCUC